AUGAGAAUAGACAUUUGCUACUUCUGCUCCGCCAAGGUCUACCCUGGUCACGGCGUCAUGUUCGUUCGUAAUGACUCUAAGACAUUCAGAUUCUGCAGUUCAAAGUGCAAUAGACUGUUUAAGGCAAAGAAGAACCCAAGAAAGUUGAAGUGGACCAAGGCUUACAGAGCCGCACACGGCAAGGAGAUGACUGUUGACAGCGUACUUGAAUUCGAGCAAAGAAGAAAUGUACCAACCAGAUAUAACAGAACUCUUAUGGUCAAGACCAUCCAAGCCAUGAAGAAAAUCGAUGAAAUCAAGACCAAGAGACAAGAGAGAUUCUUUGCCAGAAGAAUGGCAAAGGCAGAGGCUAAAAAGAAGCAGGAUGUUGAGAAUGAGUUGCUGACACAUUCAGGUCUAAUCUCUGACUCAAAGAUCAAGUCUUACAUUGAGAGAAAGAAGGAAGAGAAGAGACUUAAGGAUCUCGCCAAGUUCCAGCAAUAGAAUAAAAAGUCAAUGUCAAAAGACAUGGACAUGCUGGAGGACAACGAGUCAGACGAGGAGAUGGAAAUCGUAGAAAAGAUCAAAAACAAGAAGGGAAACAAAAAGACUAAGGCCAUCAAGAAGAAGUUAUGA